CACACCACUGACUGAGGAAGACGAAUGUGUGCGUCCUCCACUACAUGAGAAUAACUUAAACCUUUACUUCUGCUUUUGUUCACAUUCAGUCUGAUUUUGAUUUUGAGUUUCAGGAGGUCUGAGUGGAGGCUGUCACUGAAAGUUUAACCAUGGCCAUGCUGAGUGGCUGUCAGACAGCCAUCACGGUGCUCCGGCAGAUCGAGCCGAUCAUCGUGCUGGCGCAGCUGGGCUGCACUCUCUUCGACACCGCCCUGCAGAUGGUGGCCAAGGACCGGUGUGCCAACGCCACCUACCCCGACCUAUCCAGAGAGGCCAGCCAGCAGAAAGCCAUGACAGACUUCUUCAUGACCUACCACCUCAUCAUGCGGCUGGCGCCCAUUCUACCUGCGCUGCUCCUUGCCAGGUUAGGGGACCGCGGCUGGAGGAGAGCCCCCAUCGUGGUACCCCUGAUCGGAUACGUACUGUCCAGGCUCAUGCUGCUGCUGGUGGCCGUCUUCCGCCUCCCGCUGGAGGUGAUGUUCGGCGCGGCGGUGGUGUACGGGCUGUCCGGCGGCUUCUGCGCCUACUGGCCCGCCGUCAUGACGCUGGCGUCGCUGGCCUCUACCGCAGCUGACCGCUCUAAGGCGAUGAUGAAAGUGGAGCUGCUGUAUGGGCUAGCAGGUCUGGUGGGCAGCCUGGUGUCUGGUCAUCUCUUCCUGCUGUACAGCUCCAGUUUGGGAAAUGGGACCAUCCUGCUCUCCGUGAGCACAGUGUUGUAUCUGUUCUGCCUCAUACACUCCAUAGGACUGCUGCAGGUGAAACAAAUAUCCAACGAUGAGCCAGACGAGAACUGCCACCUCCUUUCUCACCCCUCCGGUGAAGAUCCUGUGGAGGCUCCUGCUGGGAGAGACAUGGUGAACGUGGCUCUGCUGUUUGUUGCUGCUAUACUGUACGUCUCUGCAGAGGUUGGCGCUGUAGAAAUACUAGCCGUCUUUGUGCUAAAAGCACCUCUCAGCUGGAACGCCACCCAGGUGGGUUAUGGGAACGCAGUAGGCUGCGCGAUUUUCCUCACAAGUUUCCUCGGUGUCAUGGUGUUUCGCCGCUGCGUCAGUGACGUGACACUUAUCCUAAUAGGCUUGGUGUCAUUCGCCACGGGAAUUUUCUUCAUGUCCUUUGUCACGACAACCUUGACAUUUUACCUCGCUCGCUCACUCACCCUGUUUGCCAUAAUCCCGAUGCCUACCAUUAGAUGUUUGCUCUCAAAGCAGGUUCCAGCAUCCUCAUGUGGCACCAUUCUCACCACCCUACAGAUGUCUCUAAAGUUUGCUGGUCUGGGGUACGUCCCUGCCUUUACUAAGAUCUAUCAGGGAACCCUGGACUGGUUCCCAGGCUUCAUCUUCAUGCUCUCCAGCAUCAUUACAGUUCUGGCAAUGAUACCCAUCAGUAUCGUCGGCUGCAGAUCGCCUCUGAGGCGACAGUCCGAGAGGAUUCAACAAGACUGAUGGCACCGACAUCACCACCAGCAGUGAGUUAGCAAACAGGAAGUGAGACUCGAAAUAGGCAAAAGGAGAAGGGUGCAUUUAAUCUCACUUCUGAUUUCUACAGGCUUUGGCUUUUACAGUAGGAAUAAACAAAGAUUUUAUGUUCAAAUGAGCAUUUUAUAUGAAAAACUAAUAUAUUUUAAAGAGGCCUUUGCAGACUUGUAUAUAUAGAGAUAUAAUGAAAAUAACACAACCCAGUUUGACUAAAAGUUUAAAAUAAUUAAAACAACUAUUGACAGAGAUACAGACAAACAUCAUCAACCAACAGAAUUCAUCGGCCAGUGAAAUUUCUUUGAGUUGAAGUUGUUGAACACACCAAAGCUGACAGCUGUUUGGUCAUUUAUGUGCAGACUUUAUGUUUAGUUUCUAGAUUACAUCAACAAGUUAUUUAUCAGUAAUUUGAAAACUACUGACUUAACAUUUACUUGAAUGCCCUACUCGUACAAUGUCAUUUGACAUUGUCAUGUUAACUGUUGGGCUACAAAAUAGAAAUACACGUGUAUAUAUGAAGUUAAAAUAGAUGACCGAUUUGAGUGCAAUGAGAGUUUCAUUAACCUGCGCGCCAGGAGGGACUAACAUACCAAAAAAAAAAACUUUUUUUAACAUUGGUGUUUAUGGUUUUUUUUUUCUUUUUUAAUGUCACAUGCAUUGUAUAUUAUACUUUAUUUAGAAUUUAGUGGCAUCCAGUAGUGACAUUGCAGAACUGAAAUUUACCCAGUGUGCCAAGUGUGUAGAACUAUGGUAUCUGAUGUGAAGAUGCAAAUGGCCUUAUCUAGAGCCAGUGUUUGGUUGGUCUGCUCUGGCCUACUGUAGAACACUGAAUGGCGGACUCCGCAGAUGCCAGUUUAAGUCACCGCAUGUGUCCUGUCAUUUUGCUUUAUGGUACUGAUAUUGGAUCUGAAGGGAAGAAAAUGCAGUCUGCAUUAUUACUUUCAUGUUAUCCAUUCAUUUAACACUGCCCUUUAAUUUCUGACACUUUUAGGUAUAAAUAGCUAUCAUACAGUUCCUGUUGGUGUAAUGGUUUAGAACAAAAUGUGAAAUAUUUACAUGAACCAAGAAGCUGCAGAUUUAUAUGAAGAUGUAACUGGUAUGUUUUGAGUUUUUUAAAAUUUGAUUUUGUUUAUAUGUUGAAACUAACUGGAUGUAAUAUGUUAUGAAAUUCAAUUUAUUUCUUCCAAUAAAGAUAUUAAUAACAUUUUAAA